AUGGGGGACAGCAAGGGCAAAGGCAAGGGCAAAGCGCCGCAGCGCCGGGAGGGAGCCGGGGCGCCGGCCUCGGGGGAGCAGGGCUCGGGGUCCGCCAGCGCAGACGGCGCGCCCAGCUGGGAACGCCGACAGGGUCGCGGCAAGGCCCGCAGGGCCAGGUCGGUCCCGGGGCCCGCCACCCCGGGAAGCCGCGGGGCCCUCGGUGGCCGCCGGGAGCCCACCGCGGAGGGAGGCGGCGGCUGCGGGCCGCCCGGGGCUGCGCCGCCAGCGGAGGCCCAGGAGGCCCAGCGGAGACCCGGCAGCGCGCGGCGUCGGGGACCCGGGUCCAAGGACAGCCGCCAGCACCCGGACGGCCAAGGCGGGCGCCGGGAGGAGGAGCGUCUCCCCGGAGAAGGCAGGACCCGCGAACCCGGCCGCCGCAGGAAUAGAGGGAAAGGGCGGAGACCCCCGGCUGGGCAGGGCGGCCGAGAGCCCCGGGGCCCCGGGGGCGGCGCGUCGGGCGGAGACGCGGGCAGCUCUUGCCCGGACAGCGAAGCCCGCGAGGCCCAGGACGGCGACCGCCGGAGCAGCGGGGCCCCGGGGCUGCGGCCCAGGCCGGCGCAAGCGGACUCGGGCUCGGGAGACGCGCAACCCGGGUCGGAGCCGGCGCCGGAACCCCGCGAGCGCGCCAGCAGCGACGGGCUCUUCAGCGACGACGGGGACAGCGCUGAGCCCCGGAGCCGGGAAGGGUCGUCGGGAGCGGGACGGAGGAAGGAGAGCGAGGAUUCCGGGGCAGACACGGAGUCGAGCCUGGAGGGGGCCGGGCCAGGAGGGGGCCCACGGGCGGCCCCAAGAUCGGCGAGCUGGGCCGCUGGAGCCGAAGAGACUGGGCCCGGCGAAAACGCCGCGGCCUCCAGCUCCCUCGAGGGCAGCCCCGCGCGCGUCCCCCGGAGCUCGCGGGCUUCUCGGGGCCCCAGGCUGCCCCGGGACGCGAGAGACAACGAGGCGCCGCCCGACGCUGAGCCGCAGGGCGCCGAGGCUGGAAGGGCCGAGACCUCGGCCGCCGCGACUCGGCGCCGCCAGGUCGGAAAGGUGGUGGCGAAGGUGCCGGAGGCGGCCGGCGACAGCGAAUCUGGGGCUGGAGGAGAAGACGGGCCCCGGGACCCAGCGCCGCUGGCCGCCCUCGUGGCGCUCCGCAGGCUCCGCGCAAAAGCGCCGCCGGCCCCGGCUCCCCAGGCCGCGGCCCCGGCUCCCGGCUGCACCGGCCUCAAGGAGCGGCUCCUGCGCGUCGUGCGCGCCCUGGGUCUCCUGCGCGGCGGCUCGAGCUCCCCGCAGCUUGCGAAGAGCCCAGCUCCCGGGGACCCCUCGGAGGACGAGGACCGGACUCCGGAUCCCAAGUUCGCCGUCGUGUUCCCCAGGAUCCACAGGACUGGGAGGGCGUCGAGCAGCCGGAGCUCAGAGGACGCGUCCGCGGACGCCCCACCCGCGGAGGGGCACGUUCGGCCUUGUGCGGGAGCCUCGGGAGACAGUGAGGGGCGCGGGGCGAGUGGACAAAGUGGGGCCGGGUCCCCCCGAGGGUCUCUCCUCGACCCUCCUGCCCACGACGAGCCCCCACUCGACGAGAGCGGCUCCAGCAGCGAGGCGGAGCCCGAGACCUUGGGGGCCGAGGCCCGGGUCCACUGGGCCCAGAGCUCAGAACCCCGCCAGGACCCUGGGCUUGGCGCCGACGCGCUGCUGCCCAGACUCACCUUGGAGACCCGCGUGCGGUGGGGGAGGAGCCCCGGCCCCUGCGGGUCCCCGAGGGAGCGGUGGGAGCCCGAGGACGAGACCGAGGAAGCGCUGGAGAGGGACCUGGAGCUGAGCCUGGGGCCCGGCCUGGAGCUGCCGCCCGCACUGGACGCUGAGGGCAGGAGCCCCGGGGAAGGUCUGGAAGACACGGAGGACCUGGCUCUGCUGCGACCAGUGUGUAACAGCUCUGUGCUGCUGUGCCUCAAGAAGAGAUUUCAUCUGGGCCGAAUCUAUACCUUUGGGGGCCCUCUUCUGCUCUCUCUGAACCCCCGCCGGCCCCUGCCUCUCUUUUCAGCUGAGGUCCUGGCCAGCUACCACCCCAAGAAGGCCCCUAACACCACCCCACACAUUUUGGCCGUCGUGGUAUCAGCCUAUAGCCUGUCGCAGAGCACCGGGCAGGGCACAUGCAUUCUCCUCAGGUGAACCCUGUCGGCUCCUCCCUCCUGCAGUGGGCACAGUAGCUCCGGGAAGACAGAAGCUGCCAAAAAGAUUGUACAGUUCCUCAGCAGCCUGGCAAGGGAGCAGACAAGGGACAGAAGAUGUCAGCUGGAUGGCGUGCUGCUCCUGCUCAGCAGCUUUGGCCACGCCAAGACAGUCCUCAACGCCAACGCCAGCCGCUUUGGCCAGGUCUUCUGCUUCUGCCUGCAGCAUGGGGUCAUCGUGGGAGCUUCUGUGUCACACUAUCUGCUUGAGACCUCAAGGGUGGUGUUUCAGGGCCAGGCCUGCAGUCUCCAGGGUAAGGACGACGCCCAGGACUUCGAAGGACUGCACAAAGCCCUGCAGGUCAUAUGCCCCGAGGAGGUGACCGCCGCCUGGGCCGUGCUGGCCGCCAUCCUGCACCUGGGCAACAUUUGCUUCUCUUCCUCAGAGCGGGGGUCCCAGGAGGUGGCUGCUGUGUCCAGCUGGGCCGAGAUCCACGCAGCAGCCCGGCUACUGCUGGUGCCGCCUGAGCGCCUGGAGGGGGCCGUCACCAGGAGGGUCGUGGAGACACCCUAUGGCUGGGUCUGCAGAUCUCUGCCGAUGGAAAGCGCCAUUGAUGCCAGGGACGCCCUGGCCAAGGCCCUGUACUCACGGCUUUUCACCUGGCUUCUGAGGAGGACCAAUGCGCAGCUGGCACCGCCCAGAGAGGGAGAGAACAUGGACACCAUCACUGUCAUGGAUGUCUACGGCUUUGAGGCCCUGAGGGUGAAUGGCCUGGAGCAGCUGUGUAAUAACCUUGCCAGCGAGCGCCUGCAGCUCUUCUCCAGCCAAAUGCUUCUGGCCCAGGAGGAGGAGGUGUGUCGGCGAGAGCUGCUGUCCUGGGUGCCCAUUCUCCAGCCUGUGCGGGAGACCUGCCUGGACCUCCUCAUAGACCAGCCUCACAGCCUCCUGAGUAUCCUGGAUGCCCAGACAUGGCUGUCACAGGCCACAGACCACACCUUCCUCCAGAAGUGCCACUAUCACCAUGGCAAUCACACCUGCUAUGCCAAACCCCAGCUGCCCCUUCCUAUCUUCACCGUGAGGCAUUACGCGGGGACCGUCACCUACCAGGUUCACAGGUUUGUAAACAGAAACCGGGAUCAUCUUGACCCUGCCGUGGCAGAAAUGCUUGCGCAGAGCCAGCUGCAGCUGGUGGGCAGCCUGUUCCAGGAAGCAGAGUCCCCAUCCUGGGGUGGGUCGCGCAAACCCACACUGGCCUCCCGCUUCCAGCAUUCCCUAGAGGACCUCAUAGCCCAGCUGGGCAGGAGCUACGUCUAUCUCAUUCAGUGCCUCAACCCCAACCCGGGAAAGCUUCCAGGCCUCUUUGACGUGGGACACGUGGCAGAGCAGCUGCACCAGGCGGGUGUCUUGGAGGCCGUGUACGCCCGAAGUGCCAACUUUCCUGUCCGCGUGGCCUUUCAGGCCUUCCUGGCCAGGUUCCGGGCCCUGGAGACAGAGGGGCAGGGAGAGUCCUCUGACCGCCAGAGGUGUGGCGCCAUCCUGAGCCAGGUGCUGGGGGCCGAGUCGCCCCUCUGGCACCUCGGAGCCACCCAGGUCCUGCUGCGGGAGCCCGGCUGGCAGCAGCUGGAGCAGCACUGGACCCGGCGACGCUCCCAGGCCCUGCUCACCUUGCACCGCAGCCUCCGCACCUGCAUCUCCCGCCAGCGCCUCAGCCGCCUCCUCCUGCCACGGAUGCAGGCUCGCGUGUGGGGGCUCCAGGCCAGGAAGCGGUACCUCCGGCGACGGGCAGCUCUGGGACAACUGAACACCGUCCUGCUGGUGGCCCGGCCCCUGCUCCGGAGGCGCCAGAGAUUGCAGCUUGGCUAUUGGCGUGGCUGGUGUAGCAGCAAAGCCUCCAAGAAAGUCCCAAGCAUGGAGCUGGGGUGCUUGGAGAUCCCGGCUGAGCUGGCCGUCAUGCUGAAGACAGCAGAAGGCCGGCAGCAAGCCUUGGCUGAGAGCAUCACCGAGUCCAUGCCCCCCGAAGUUCCUGCCCGGCCCCACCUGACCCUCCCGCCUGACAUCAACCAGUUCCUGUUCUCCAGCUUCAUCUCCACGAACUUUCUGGACCCAGUGCUGCCCAGCCCUGGACAGCCGCUGGCAAAGCCCCUGACCCGGCUGGAUGGUGAGAACCCUCAGCAUGCCCUGGACAUCAACAAGGUGAUGCUACGGCUCCUAGGGGAUGGGUCCCUGGCCCCAUGGCAGGAGCAGACCAUGGGUGAAUACCUGGUGCGACAGGGGCAGCGCUGGCCAGGGCUGCGGGACGAGAUCUUCAGCCAGCUUGUGGCCCAGAUCUGGCACAACCCGGACGAGCAGCAGAGCCAGCGCAGCUGGGCCCUCAUGGCCAUCCUGCUGAGCGCCUUUCCCCCCAUGCCCACCCUACAGAAGCCACUGCUGAAAUUUGUGUCUGACCAGGCCCCCAGAGGCAUGGCAGCACUGUGCCAGCACAAGCUGCUGGGGGCCAUGGAACAGACGCAUCUGGCCCCCAGGAUGGCACGGGCCCACCCACCCACCCAACUCGAGUGGACGGCUGGCUGGCGGCGGGGCCGCAUGGCGCUGGACAUCUUUACCUUCAAUGAGGAGUGCUACUCUGCCGAGGUGGAGUCCUGGACCACGGGAGAGCAGUUCGCCGGGUGGAUUCUGCAGAGCAGAGGCCUGGAGCUGCCCCCCCGUGGCUGGUCCGUGUCACUGCACUCCGGGGACUCCUGGCAGGAUUUGGCUGGCUGUGACUUCGUGCUGGAUCUCAUAGGCCAGACUGAGGACCCGGGGGACCCAAUCAGUCCCCACAGCUACCCCAUUGCCCCUCAUGGCUUAGCUGAGGACAUCCCCCCCGCCCCUGGCAUCCAGGCCCCCUCACUGCCUCCAGGUCCACCUCCAGCCCCCACACUACCCAGCAGGAGCUACUCAGGUGAAUCUCGGGGCUCAGGGAACCUGGAUGGCUUCCUGGACCACCUCUUCCAGCCAGUUCUCUCCCCAAGCCACAGCGAUCUGGAGCAAGGCUGGGCUCUGAGCAGCCGCAUGAAGGGAGGGGGCGCCAUCGGGCCCAUGCAGCAAGGCAGCUACCCCAUGGUUUACCCAGGGAUGGUGCAGAUGCCUGGAUACCAGCCAGCCAUGAUGCCUGCACCCAUGCCUAUGAUGCCAGCGAUGGGCGCGGUCCCUGCCAUGCCAGCUAUGGUGGUGCCACCACAGCCACAGCCGCAGCCCCUGCUUCCCAGUGUGGACCAGCGGCAGCUGGCCAUCCAGCAGCAGAACUUCAUCAACCAGCAGGCGCUGAUCCUGGCCCAGCAGAUGACCGCCCAGGCCAUGACCCUGUCGCUGGAGCAGCAGACACAGCAGCGCCGGCACCAGGCUCAGACCCAGGCCCAGGCCCAGGCCCAGGCCCAGACCCCUGGAGCUGCUUCCCCAAACUCACCCCCAGCCGUCGCCCCCAAGCCCAAGAAGCCCAUGGCCCCGCAGGAGGAGCCAGAGCAUGAACCAGAAUCGGAGAUCUCACAGGAGGCCCAAGAGAACCCCUGGCAGUCCAAGAGCUUCCGGCAGAAACAGGACUUUUUCCAGAAGAUGGGGCAGCAGCAGAUCAAGGUGAAGACAGUGAAGCCUCCACCCAAGAUACAGAUUCCCCAGGCAGAGGAGCAGGAUGAGGAGGAACAGGACGAGGAGGAAACAAGAGCAGAGCCAUCCCCGCCGCCUCCCCCCAUAGUAAAGAAGCCAGUGACGCAAAGUAAGGCCAAAGCUGCACAAGAGGCUGAGGCUAAGCCGGCGGCCCGGAAGGCGGAGCCUGCUGAUGCUCCUAAGCCAGAGUCCCGACAACGGGCAGAGCCGAGCAGGGAGAUCCGGAACAUCAUCCGCAUGUACCAGAGCCGCCCAGGCCCUGUCCCUGUGCCAGUGCAGCCAUCCAGGAAGCCCUCAAAAAUGUUCCUGAAGAAAAAUAACCCUAAGGAUGAGGCUCUGGCUAAGCUGGGGAUCAGCAACACCCAUGUCCCCAUGUCGAUGCCAUCCCCCAGCCCAGGAAAGGGCCCCCCACCAGCCGUGGCUCCUCGGCCCAAGGUCCCACCACAGCUGGGGCCUUCCACUUCCAUCAAGGAGAAGCUGGAUCCCUUUGGCCAGACCCCACCCUCUGCCCAGGCACCCCCGCCUCCGCCAGCACCCCCGCUGCCGCCGCCUGAGGCCCCGGACACACUUUCCCCUGGGCCCCGUGGCUUGAUGGAGCCCAUGGAGGACCAGGGAGUGUCCACCCAGCUGCUCCCGCCCUCUGGCAGCGUGUGCUUCUCCUAUGUCAGCACGUCCUGGAAGCUGUUCCUGCGCAAGGAGGUGUUCUACCCCCGGGAGAACUUCAGCCACCCCUACUGCCUCAGGCUCCUCUGUGAGCAGAUCCUGAAGGACACCUUUGCCAAGUCCUGCAUCCGGAUCACCGAGGAUGAGCGGAGCAAAAUGAAAAAUCUGCUGGAAGACCUGGAGGUGGGCCUGGACUCGCUGGAUACCACCGAGGACAAUGUCAAGAAGCGCAUCGUGGUGGCCGCUAGGGACAACUGGGCCAAUUACUUCUCCCGAAUUUUCCCUGUCUCGGGUGAGAGCAGCAGUGAUGUGCAGCUGCUGGGCGUGUCCCACCGGGGGCUGAGACUGCUCAAGGUGACCAAAGUCCCCAGCUUCCACCUCAACCAGCUGAAGACCCUCUGCUCAUACAGCUAUGCUGAGCUGCUGGGCAUCGAGUGCCGGGGCAGCUCCACCCUGGAGCUGUCGCUGAAGAGCGAGCAGCUGGUGCUGCACACGGCGCGGGCGAGCACCAUCAAGGCCAUGGUUGAGCUGUUCCUGCGUGAGCUCAGGAAGGACUCCGGCUAUGUCGUCGCCCUACGCAGCUACAUCACCGACGACCACAGCCUCCUGAGCUUCCACCGUGGGGACCUCAUCAAGCUGCUGCCUGUGGCCACCCUGGAGCCCGGCUGGCAGUUUGGCUCCACUGGCAGCCGCUCUGGACUCUUCCCUGCCGACCUAGUUCAGCCAGCGGCGGCUCCAGACUUUUCCUUCUCGCCUGAGAGGAGCGGCCGGCACCAGAGUCAGCUGCAGUCCAGGGAGCCGGGGCUGGCUCCCUGGGACGGGGCCGUGGAGCGCCAUGUCCGCCCCCGGAGCCAGGCACACAGUGAGGACUCCAUCGCCUACGCCUCCCUGUCCACGGACUCCCACAGCUACACCAUGCAGGAAUUCGCCCUGUGCCACUUCCGGAAGCCCCAGGCCUUGCUGGACCAGACAGAUGGACUUGCUAAGGACAUGGCCAUGGCCAGCCUGGUACAGUACACCAAGGCUCCCAUUAAAGAAUCACUCAUCAGCCUCAGUGAUGAGGACACAAACAAGCAGGCUGUGGAAAGCUUCCGGGUUCUGAUGCAAUUUAUGGGGGACCAGCCUAAGCCCCGGGGCAAGAAUGACUUGGAGCUCCUUUAUGAGCUGCUGAAGCUAUGCCGGGAGGAGAACCUCAGGGAUGAGAUUUACUGCCAAGUCAUCAAGCAAGUCACCUGUCACCCUCAGCCGGAACACUGUACCCGUGGCUGGAACCUCCUCAGCCUCCUCACGGGCUGCUUCUCCCCGUCAGCCACGCUGAUGCCCUAUGUGAUCAAGUUUCUGCAAAAUUCGGGCUCAAGCCAAGAGCUGGCCCGGAACAGCCAGGAGCACCUGCAGCGCACAGUCAAGUAUGGGGGGCGCCAGCGGCUGCCCUCCCUGGGUGAAAUUCAGGCUUUCCUGAAAGGGCAAGGAAUGCGCUCCCUUCUAAUUCACCUGCCAGGGGGUGUGGACUACAGAACUACUAUCCAGACUUUCACGGUGGCGGCAGAAGUGGUGGAGGAGCUGUGUCGGCAAAUGGGCAUCACGGACCCCCAGGAAAUGCAAGAAUUUGCCCUCUUCCUCAUCAAAAAGGAAGGCGAGCUGGUGCGGCCCCUGCUGCCCCACGAGUACCUCAACAGCGUGGUGGAGCAGGACACAAGCCUGCACAGCCGGCGGCUCAUCUGGGAGACCCCACUGCAUUUCGACAAUCCCACCUACAUCACCACCCACUACAAGCAGGUGCUGCGGGAUUACCUACAGGGGAAGCUGUUGGUCAACCCCCAGGCAGACACCCAACUCGCCAGGCUGGCUGCCCUGCAGCACCGCAGCCAGGACCAAGAGGACUACUUGGAGCAAGACAUGCUGAAUUACUUGCCAAAGCCGCUGCGAGGGCACGUGAACAUACCUAUCAUAAAGAAACUGAUAGACCAGGAGCUGAGGCAGCUGCAAGUCUACAACUCCCAGGAGGCACAGAUCAGCUUCAUUGAGGCUGUGAGCCAGCUGCCCCUCUUUGGCUACACUGUCUAUGUGGUGCUGCGGGUGAGUCAAAUGGCCCUGCCUGGACCCAGCCUCCUGGGACUGAACCACCAGCAUCUCAUCGUCAUGGACCCCUGCAGCCAGAAACAGUGCUGCUCCAUCACCCUGAAGGACCUGCACCGGCUCCACCUGCUGAGCCCCCUGGAGAGUGAGGGGCCCCCUGGCCUGGAACUCAACUAUGGCUCUGCCGACAACCCCCAGACCAUCUGGUUUGAGCUGCUGAAGGCCCAGGAACUGAUGCACACCAUCGUCUUCCUGACAGACAGAGGCCUUCCUUCCAAGUAGAGGCCGAGACGAGUGGGGGAAGGGAUGAAACGAGGAAGGGGCCCCUCCCAGGUCCAAGUCUGACUGGGAAGGUCUCUCUUGGGUGCUGUCAUGCCGUUGGUUUGGACUUCCCCACUUGGCUGUUCUGGAACCUGCCAUAGCUUCUGGCCCAUGUGGAGGCCACAAGGCAGGAGCUGCUACAAUGACGUCUACUGAGAAAGAGCAGUAGGAUCCCCCCUGGGGGGGCCCAGGUGGGCACUGCAGGGAACUCACUUGGGCAUCCAGUGCUGCCCAGGCUGGAGGGAUGCCCACCUGGCCCCAUGCUCAAUGUAAGCAUGAAUCCAGACCUCAGAGGAGCAAACUCUGCAGAAAUAAAACUCCUAAGAGAAAAA